AUGGAAACCACAAGCCAUAAUGCAACAAAUGUUAAAAUUGAAGGCCACAGAGGAGGAAUGUUCGACUUUGACAACACCAUAUCUUCCUUUAAUCAAGCUGUGGAGAAUGGACUGGACUCCAUAGAAUUUGAUGUAUGGCUGACUAGUGAUAACGUCCCGGUUAUACUCCAUGGUGGGCCUGAAGGACAGGUUGAGCACGAUAUUUCUAAGCAUUCUAUCACAAAAGAUGCACACAUCAACACAAUUUCAUUUGAGCAGAUCAGAGAAGCCAAGCUGCCGAAUGGGGAGCAGAUUCCGACCUUGGAAGAGAUGCUCGAUCAAUUCCAUGGCAAAAUACACCUCAACUGUGAGGUCAAAGAAAAGCAGCCAGAAUUUGCUCAAAUCCUCAUUGAUCUCUUAAAGAAGAAGGAUAUACAGGAUGGAUUCCUAUUGAGCUCUUUCGAGAUCGACCAGCUCCAAAGAAUCAAAGACGUUCUAGACAAGGAUGAGGAGUAUAAUCCUGUGAUCAGGUUUGCCACCUGCCAUGAAACAUUCGACUCUCUUGAGCCAGAAGAUUUCCCACAGUUUAGUGAUGUAAUUAAUUUCGACUCUGUGGUACUCACAAAUGAGGUAGUCGAAAGUAUACAUAAAGCAGGGAAACUAGCUGGAAUCUACUUCUACCCUUCCAGUAAUGAGAAUGAGGAGACCUACGCGAAAGCUGUGAGUGCUGGUGUAGAUAUCAUUAUCAGUGACCAUCCUCUUGUACUAAGGGCAUAUCUAUCCUCAGUCACUAGUAGCUAA